UUCCUUCUCUCCUCUGCUCCCCCUUUUGUGCAGCUCCCCACGUGUCCAAUACAUUAGCAAUCCAAAUCGGAGAAGGAGGACGGGCCUUAUCUUGGUGUCAGAUUUCACUCGGCGAGGUGCGGUGUCCUCUGAGCAGCGUCCAGUCAAUGCUGAAUUGGAUGCUGGAGGGGGGAAACGAGCUGAGGUACCUGCUGUAGCGUAGAGGCUGCAUUGAGAAGGGACGCUCCAGAGGAUUGGAGAGCUGCUAGUUUAUGCCGGGCAGCAGGCAAUUUAACAUUGGGCGCACUCGCUCACCUGACGGGGGAAAGCCAAGGAAUACAGUCCAGUGUUGGACGAAUAGACUGCAGAGUGGUUGUUAUAAAGGAAUAUUCUAUGUUCACUGUGACCAUGGAUUUCGCGUAGAUCUAGCGCAAUUUCUUCAUAUCACUCCUUGAGCGAUUUUUCUAUUUGAAUUCUACACGACACUGAGGGGAAUACAUCUGUAUUCAAAUAAGAUUUUUUUUUGAACAACGGGAGCGCAUCGACACAGCAGCAGGGCUGGAUCAGAUGAAUACAGGUGUGAAAAACAUUGGCCACAAUGACGAUAUCCAGAGGAUCAGAGGCGGUCAGUUUUGGUCAGUUUGAGAGGCGUGGGACGGGGAAACAGGCGGUGCUGUUGCUGCUCUACGUGGGCCUGGAGGUGAUUGGCUUGCUCUCCUCUGUUGCCCUGGGCAACCAGGAGGGGACACUGGAGCUGAGGCUGGACGAGGAGCAGCCGGCGGGGACGAUUGUGGGCGACAUCAGCGCAGGCCUGCCGCCGGGCGUCACGGCGUCGCUCUACUUCAUCUCUGACCACGACGACAAGGGCGUGGGCAACGACCUGCUCAUCGACGAGACCACGGGCAUCAUCAAGACGGCGCGGCGGCUCGACCGCGAGGAGCGCGACCAGUACAGCUUCACGGCGGUCACCAUGACGGGCGUCACCGUACAGGUGUCCAUCACGGUCAACGACAUCAACGAUCACUCGCCCGCGUUCCCCAGGGCCAAGGCCUCGCUGAAGAUCCCAGAGCACACAGCGGUGGGGACCCGCUUCUCUCUUGACCCAGCAAGCGACGCAGACAAAGACCAACUGACCACCCAGGGCUACGUGAUCAAAGACGGCAACGUGGGCCAGGUGUUCCGCCUGGAAACCAAGAGAGCCGCCAACAUGGUCCUCUACCUGGACCUGGUGGUCAACGGCGUCCUGGACAGGGAGAAACGUUCGUCGUACUCUCUCCUCCUCGAGGCGUUCGACGGAGGCAAUCCAAAGAGGACGGGUCAGAUGACGUUGGACGUGCUGGUGCAGGACGUCAACGAUCACGCGCCCGUGUUCAACCAAAGCCGCUACCACGCCAUCAUCUCUGAGAGCCUCCCGCAAGGCAGCAACAUCCUGCAGGUCUUCGCCUCGGACGCCGACGAGGGCGACAACGGGCUCGUGCUCUACGAAAUCAACCGCCGCCAGAGCGACCCGGACCGCUACUUCGUCAUCGACCCUCGCUCCGGGGUCAUCACCCUCAACAAGCCACUGGACUACGAGGUGCGCAAGGUGCACGAGCUGGUGGUGCAGGCCCGGGACAACGCCAGCCACCCCGAGAUCACCAACGCCUUCGUCACCAUCCAUGUUCGCGACUACAAUGACAACCAGCCCACCAUGACCAUCAUCUUCCUCAGUGAGGACGGCUCCCCCCGCAUUUCGGAAGGCGCCCAGCCGGGCCAGUACGUCGCCCGAAUCUCCGUCUCUGACCCCGACUACGGAGAGUACUCCAACGUCAACGUCUCCCUGGAGGGUGGGGACGGCAAGUUCGCCCUCACGACAAAGGACAGUAUUAUUUACCUAAUCUAUGUGGACCAAGUGCUGGACCGCGAGGAGAGGGACUCUUACGAGCUCCGAGUUCUGGCCACUGAUGCAGGUACCCCUCCACUGCGGGCCGAGUCGUCCUUCACCAUCCAAGUGAUGGACAUCAACGACAACCCGCCACUCUUUGACCAGCAGGCCUACAAGCAGACCAUACCGGAGGUGGUCUACCCGGGCAGCUUCGUCCUGCAGGUGACCGCCCGUGACAAGGACACGGGCCCCAACGGCGAGGUGCGCUACAGCCUCCUGCCCGACGCUGGCGCCCACUCCAACUGGUUCACCAUCGACCCGGUGACGGGCAUCAUCACCACGGCACUCCAGCUGGAUUACGAGAGUGACCCCAGGCCCCGGGUGACGGUGGUGGCCACAGACAGCGGCCGACCGCCCCUCUCCUCCACGGCCGUGGUCGAGAUCAACUUGCAGGAUAUAAACGACAACGCGCCGGUGUUCAGCAGCGCCCACUACAACGUGUCCAUCAAGGAGAACACCGCAUCUGGGACCUGCUUCCUCGAGGUCACAGCGACGGACGGAGACAGAGGGUCGUUCGGCACCAUCACGUACUCAAUUGGGUCGGGAGUGGGCAGCGUCGUGCCCAGCCAGUUCACCAUCCACAAGGAGACGGGCCAGAUCUGCACCAGCGAGGGCCUGGACAGGGACGAGGGAGCGGACAGCUAUGACUUCACCGUCACCGCAGUGGAUGGGGGUGGUCUGAGUUCAGUAGCCCAUGUGAGAGUGGCGUUGGAGGACAUCAAUGACAACAGGCCCACCUUCUACCCCGUGCAAUAUGCUGUCAGCUUGAGCACCCAGAGUGCACCAGGCACCUCAGUUGUCAAGGUGACAGCCAACGACCCAGACGCUGGAGAGCACGGGAGGGUGACCUAUCGCACUGUUGGUGGAGGAGGUGGCUCUCAGUUCUUCACACUCAACAAAGACACAGGUGUGAUCUCUCUAUCACGCUCUCUCCACGGCAAAGCCAACUCUGUCAUCACUAUGGUCAUCUCUGCCAAGGACGGAGGUGGCCUUACCGCACCCGUCAACGCCAGAGUCAACAUCAGCGUAGUGGAGGGCUCAGUGGCGCCCCCUGUGUUCGAGCAGGGCCAGUACUUCUUUACGGUAUCGGAGGACGUUCUCCGUGGAACUGAAGUCGGCGUGGUUCGAGCCAGCAGCAGGACCGGUGAGCCUCUGCCAAAUUACACACAUGCUCUCUCUCUCUCAUUACAGGCCUCCCUCUUCUCUCCUCUCCAGCCUCACUCCUCUCCCACGGUGGCCUGCUCCUCGCUCAUCCUGGAGGUGCAGGCCCUCAGGACCAGCCUCCCUCUGGACCACGAGGCCUGCCCCGCCAUCCUGGAGAGUGCUGCCGGCCCCCCGCGCCGCGUCUUAUCGUCACCAUCGCCCGACAUCCACGACAGCCAUGCCUUCCUGCCCUCCUCGUCCGAGUCGCUCCUCCUCCCCGAGGCCACCAAGAUGGGCGCCGUGGUGUACCGCGUCCAGGCCGAGGACCGCGACUCGGGCCCCAACGGCCAGUUGAGCUUCGACCUGGUGUCGGCCGGCGGCGGCAACGGCGGCCAGCGCGCAUUCGGCGUGGAGCGGAGCAGUGGUGAGGUGCGGCUCAUCGGCACGCUGUCGUACGAGGCGUGCCCGCGCUACGACCUGCUGGUGGUGGCCAAGGACAGUGGCGCGCCGCAGCUCAGCGCCACCUUCACGCUGGUGGUGCACGUCCAGGCGGAGAAUGACCAGGGCCCCGUGUUCGACACGCUCACCUACCGCGUGGAGCUCAAGGAGGGCACAGCGCUCAACACCCGCUUCCUCCAGGUGCGCGCCCGACACAGGGAAGGUGGCAGCAACGGAGGGUCAGUGGCAUCGGCCCCGCUGUCCUAUCACCUGCGGCCAGAUGGCGAUGCGGCCGGCUUUGGCAUCCUGCCCGACAGCGGUUGGCUGUUCGUGAAGAGUGCGCUGGACCGGGAGGCGAAGGACAUCUACCUGCUCACCGUGCUGGCCACGUCCGGCAGCGGGCACCUGAAGAAGACGGGCAGCGCCACCGUCCGGGUGUCUGUCACCGACGAGAACGAUAACUCCCCCAGGCUCUCCCAGGAGCGCGUCUUCCUGGCCGUGCGAGAGAACCUUCCGGAAGGGACGGGCUUCGGGAGAGUCGCCGCCACAGACCGAGACGCUGGCCUCAACAGCCGCCUGACCUACCGCCUCCUCCACAGCGACAGACAUUUCCAGAUCAACUCCCAGACAGGAGAGAUCAGUACUCGCACAGAACUGGACCGAGAGCAUCAGUCCAGUUACCAGGUGGUGGUGGUCGUGCAGGACGGUGGCACUCCACCACGCAGCGCUACAGGCACAGCACAUAUCACAGUUCUGGACGACAACGAUAACGCCCCGGCCUUUACCCAUACACAGCCUGGCAAAGAGACACUCAUUCAGGUUCUGGAAGGUCUGCCACCUGGAACUCUACUUGGAACCAUUCAAGCCAAGGACCCGGAUGAGGGGGAGAACGGCACCAUAUUCUAUUCCCUCUCAGGUGCGAGAGCUGAGCGUUUCUCUCUGAACCCAAACACGGGGGAGCUGCGUUCGGCCUCCCCUCUGAGGCGACAAGAAAAAGCCGAGUACACACUCACCGUGUCGGCCUCUGACCGCGGAGCUCCCCCGCAGAGCUCCAGCAGCACGCUACGCAUACAGGUUCAGAGUUCUGUCAGAGCUUCUCCCAAGCCCAACACUUUAUCUAUGACAAUAAACUCUGUUGAGGGUGCCAAACCUGGCUCUGUGAUUGGCUCGGUGAGAUCACAUGACCAUCGGGACGUUCCGCUUGAGGGGCAGGUGACCUACCUGGUGGUGGGGGGCACUGACGAGGACGGCACGUUCAUGGUGGACCGGCUCACGGGGGACGUGUACCUGGCGCGCGAGCUGGACUACGAGAAGGGCGCCCACUACACACUCGAGAUAGAGGUGGACGACUUCUCCAAGGCCUACCCCAGCACCCACAUGGUGCAUCUCGACAUCAACGUGCAGGACAGCAACGACCACGCGCCCCACUUCCCCGAAGACCCAGUCACCAUCGUCAUCCCUGAGAACACGCCGGCCGGCUCGUCCAUCUACACCUUCCAGGCCACCGAUGCCGAUGGCAGUGGCCCUAACAGCGAGGUGCACUACUCCGUCCACCAGCGCUGGCCUGACAACCCUGACCUCCUGACCCUUGACCCCACCACCGGGGUGCUCACCCUGGGCCAGGAGCUGGACCACGAGGCCACCUCGUCUCUCUUCCUGGUGGUCCGGGCCACCGACUCCUGCCAGGACCCGAGCCAGAGGCGCUGGGGGUCAGUGACGGCGCGCAUUUACGUGACGGACGAGAACGACAACGCGCCCGUUUUCAGCUCGCCCGCCGCCGUCAGCGUCAUGGAGGACCAGCCGGUGGGCUUCGUUGUGCUCUACGUCAUGGCCCGCGACGCUGACCAGGGCGAGAACGGACGCGUGUCUUACCGCAUCCAGACGGGCAACACCGCCGGCAGAUUUAGCCUCAACCCAAACACCGGUUCUCUCUCUAUCCUCAAAGCCCUAGACCGGGAAGAGCAGGAAACCUUCAACCUGACCAUCGUCGCCGAGGACCACGGAAUGCCCCAGCACUCCACCACGCAGGUGCUGUCCGUCCAGGUGAUCGACGUGAAUGACGAGGCUCCGCUGUUCGAGAAGAGCCAGUUCGAGGCCCAGAUCCAGGAGAACCAGGAACCUGGAAGCACUGUCCUCAUUGUCUCGGCCACGGAUCGCGACCAAGGAACAAAUGGACAUGUCACUUAUGGGGGAGUGUCUGAAGAAGGGUUCACCAUCAACCCAGAGACGGGCGUCAUCACGGUCACCGAAGCUCUGGACAGGGAGAAACAGGACCACUACACUCUAACAGUCUAUGCCAAGGACGGCGGCAUGCCGCCAAACUUCGCCAAAGCCACGGUGCUCAUCUCGGUGCUGGACGAGAAUGACAACGCGCCAGUGUUCGGCCGGCCCCAGCACAGCCUGGAGGUGCCCGAGAACCAGGCGCCCGUGGAGCUGUGUGUCCUUCGAGCCACGGACCUGGACACAGGAGAGGGCGGAGUGCUGGAGUACCGGAUCAUAGCUGGCGAUCCUGAUGGAGACUUCCAGCUGGACAGGGUGUCCGGAGCGCUGUCCACGUCCCGAGGCUUAGACCGCGAGAGCCGGGCCAGCUACACUCUGGAGGUGGCGGCCCAGGACCGUGGCACGCCCCCCCUCAGCAGCGUGACCCAGGUGCAGAUCUCCGUGCUGGACGUCAACGACAACACCCCGGCGUUCCCGAGCGCUAGCCACGCGGUCGACAUCUCCGAGGACGCGGCCGAGGGCUCCCUGGUGCUGGAGGUGUCCGCCUCGGAUGCGGACGACGGGGACAACGGGAAGAUCAUGUACUUCCUGAGUCAGGAGGCCGGCGGGGCGUUCGCCAUUGACCCGGACACGGGCCGCGUUACCACGGCGGCGCCGCUGGACCGCGAGCGGCGGAGCUCCUACAGCUUCCAGGUGGUCGCCGUCGACUGCUCCCCGGCCUCGCCGCGCAACGCCACCACCCAGGUGACCGUCACCGUGCUGGACGUCAACGACAACGCACCGUUCUUCAUCCAGGACCCCCUCGUCCUUAACGUGUCCAGCAGGACCGUGGCCGUGCAUCAGGUGGUGGCCACCAUGCGCGCCGAGGACAAGGACUUCGGCGCCAACGGCUCCGUUUUCUACCGCUUCGCGAGUCCAGUGAGGGGCUUCACCAUCAACUCACUGACCGGGGAGAUCCGGGCCACGGAGGCUCUCAACGGCCUCUCGCAGGCCCAUCGCACCCUCAUCGUGGAGGCCAUGGACCAGGGCAGCCCAUCCCAGUCCUCCCUGGGGGUGGUCAUCAUCUAUGUGAAGGAGCAGGACUACAGCGGUGUCCGUUUCUCCCGCACGGCCAGAGAUGUGAGCCUGCUAGAGAAUGCAGCCAAAGGCACGCAGGUGGCACAGGCCCAGGCCCAGUUCCCAGACGGCUCCCGCAAAGGCAUCAGCUACAGCAUCUUCAGCGGAAACAGACUGCAGUCUUUCAGCAUCAGCGCAAACACUGGUGAGAUCUGGGUUCAGAGCUCCAGUGGUUUGGACUUUGAGGACACCCCAAGACUCCGCCUAGUGGUGAAGGCUGAGACUGCAUCCUCCAGCUCUUUCAUGGCCCUCAACCUCAUUCUGCAGGACGUCAAUGACAACCUCCCGCGCUUCCAGCUGCAGAACUACGUGGCCUACAUGCGCGAGGCACAGGGCUACGAUGCCCCCAUCAUCCAGGUCUUGGCCGAGGAUGUGGACCAGGGGCAGAACGGUCAGGUGACCUACUCUAUCCAGUCUUCCAGCAUGAGUGGCCUCUUCAAGAUUGACCCUGUGACGGGCAGCAUAACCACAGCGGCCAUCAUGGAUCGCGAGAUCUGGACCCAGACCAAGCUUGUUGUUACGGCGACGGACCGGGGCAGCCCAAGAUUGACCAGCACUGCUGUCCUGACUGUGAUCAUCGUUGACCUCAAUGACAACAGCCCCACCAUCCCCCUGCCUUUGGAAGUGCGCGUGCCAGAGAACUCCCUGAUCGGCACGGAGAUAACCAUGGUGACGGGGAACGACGUUGACUCGAGCCCCGCCCUGUCCUACUCCCUCCAGCUGGAUGCGCCGUCACAAGGGAAGUUCGGAAUCCACCGCUUCAACGGCAGAGUGUCCCUGACGGCUCCGCUCGACUUCGAGGAGAAGACGUGGUACACUCUGACCAUCCAGGCCUCGGACUCUAAGCACAAGAGUGAAGCCAACCUCACCAUCCUGGUGGAGGAUGUGAAUGAUAAUGUCCCCACGUUCAGCCAGGAUCUCUACCAGGUAACCCUGCCAGAGCAUUCUCCACCUGGAAGUCCUAUCGUCACCGUGACGGCCACUGACCGAGACUCAGGCGAGAACGGAAAGGUCACCUACCGAGUGAUGUCAUCUACAAGAGAUGGCUUUUAUAUCAACCCUAAUAAUGGCACCCUCUUCAUCAAUGAAAAAGCAGAGUUUGACCCCGAGCGCCCCUCUGUGAAUGUCGUCAUUGAGGCUCGAGAUGGAGGGACCCCAUCCCUGUCCUCCAUCACCACCGUGCAGGUCCAGCUGACCGACGUCAACGACAACGCCCCCAUGUUCCACCAGUCGGAGUACCGGGCCACUGUGUCCGAGGACCAGCUCCCUGGAGCCACCAUCUUAACGCUGGAGGCCGUGGAUGGAGACCUGUCACAGGAGAAUUCCGGCUUCGACUUUGCCAUCGCCAGCGGCAACUCUGGGAACGCCUUUCAGAUCGAGAGCAGCGUACGCUUCAUCGAGGGGCACGGCUUCCAGACGGUGGGCACGCUGAUACUCGCCGAGCCACUCGACUUUGAGACCACGUCGCGCUACAACCUGACCAUCGUCGUGUCGGACCGCGGAGUGCCCCAGCGCAGCUCCAGCGUCCCCGCCGUCAUCACCGUCAGCGACGUCAACGACAACCCACCCGUGUUCAGCCGCGCCGAGUACGCGGUGGCGCUGAGUGAGGGCGCAGGGUCAGGCACGGAGGUUCUCCGUCUGACCGCCACCGACCCAGACUCGGCUCCGAACGCCGAGAUCCAGUACAGCAUCAGUUCGGGCGACGAGAUGGAGCUGUUCUUCAUCGACCAGUGGACGGGAGCGCUGCGUCUGCAGCGGUCACUGGACCGCGAGAGCCGGUCCUCACACGUGGUUAUUGUCCAGGCGUCAGACGGCCACGGCCAUUUUGCCCUAGCACCAGUCACCCUGGAAGUGAAGGACGUCAACGACAACCGGCCGUAUUUUCCUAUCGAGACCAUGACCGCAAACAUCCGGGAGAACCAGCCACCGAAUUCACCUGUCACUGUGCUCCAUGCCAUCGACUACGACACCGGAAUCUAUGGGCAGCUGAAGUACUUCAUGGUGGAUCGUUCCGGCUUGGGAAGGGACUCCUUCCUGAUUGACCAGACCACUGGUGAAGUGAGCACUCGCACAACCUUUGACUUUGAGAAGAUCAACUCCUUUAGUUUCGUAGCAGUGGCAGUAGAUGCCGGCAAUAACUCGGCCACGGUCACUAUACAGGUGUACGUCACAGGCGUGGACGAGUACGAUCCGAUGUUCACGACCACCGACUUCUCCUUUGUCAUCCCAGAGGGAGCCAAGAAGGGCCAGAGCAUUGGUCAAGUCCAGGCCAUGGAUGAAGACGGAGGGGUGGACGGCAUAGUGCUCUACUCCUUCCCUAAUCCCUCGCCGUACUUCGAUGUAAAUAAGACCUCAGGGGUGGUCUUCCUCAAGAUGGACAGUUCGAGUGGGUCUGGCCGCUCAAAGAGGGAGACUCGUUUGAUGACGGUAGAUAUAACAGCGCAUGGCCCCCUGGAUACUUCUCGAGUGACCACAGCUCAGCUGUCCAUCGAUGUGACAAACACCAACUUUGGCCUGGCGCCAGAUCUUAACAUCCUUCUGAUAUGCAUCAUCGCUGCCUCCCUUGGUGUUGUGGUCAUUCUGGUCAUCAUUGCCAUUGCCCUGUACGUUGUGAAGUCCAAGCGCAGGAAGAAAGGCCAGGACACUGGCAACACCACCUCAGGCACGGCCAUGCAAAAGCUGGAUGACUCCAAGUCUGCAGGAGGGGAGAGGAUCUAUCACCAAACCCUUCCCGGUUAUGGAGGUGACCAGGGUGGGGCAGGUGGAGCCACCUACCCCCGCGGGGGUUCCCUGGACCCCUCCCACUCCAGUGGAAGAGGCUCAGCGGAGGCCGCCGAGGACGACGAGAUCCGGAUGAUCAACGAGUACCCGCGCGUGGCCAGCAUCACGUCCUCCAUGCAGGAGCACAUCUCCGCCCGAGGGCCCGACUCGGGUAUCCAGCAGGACGCGGACCAGCUGUCCGACAUCUCCUGUGAGCCGGGAGCCCUGGACGCCAGCCAGUGGUUCAAAGGGAAGAAACUGGGCAGUCUCAGUGGGACCCUACUCUCGGGUCAGCUGCCCGUCUACAGGGAUGAGGGUGGUGGAUACCUGGGUGUGGGCAGGGGGUUGAAUGUCUCCCAUCCGAAGGACUACACCUUCCCCGAGGAUGGGAAGCCGCCAGUGGACGGCUCUCUGACCGCCAUCGUGGCCAGUGACGAGGAGUUACGGGGCAGCUACAACUGGGACUAUUUGCUCAACUGGUGCCCGCAGUUCCAGCCGCUGGCUAACGUCUUCACAGAGAUCGCCCGGCUCAAGGACGAGAGCAUACCGCCCAAUAACCCUCGCAGACCCUUCCAGCCCAAGGCCAAGACUGACCCCAAGCCCCGGAUAGACCCACCGCCUCUCAUCACGUCCGUCGCUCACCCCGGCGCGAAGUCGGUGCCGCCCAAGCCGAUGGCCAUCGGCCGGACGUUCCCGCACCUGACGUCACUACGGCGCUCGCCUAUCAGCCACGAGGGCUCCAUCUCCUCGGCCGCCAUGUCGCCCAGCUUCUCGCCGUCGUUGUCGCCACUGGCUGCCCGCUCGCCGGCCGUGUCCCCGUUCGGGGUCACUCAGGGCCCCUCGGCCUCCAUGAUCAGCACCACGGACCACAGCGACGACUCCGAGAUGAGGAUCUGACCAACUCGCUCGGCUUCCGCCGCCGUUGCCACCACCGCUGCUGCUGCCAAAGACUUUCCCUGUAAAGAACGGCACAUAAGAGCAAACCUUUCGCUCCCUAACGAGUCAUUGGGAGCACUCGCGGAGGACACCACAGGAAGUGUCUGACGUGGACCAUAGAGAUUGGAUGAAGAGAUUACAGAGAGGGGACAAUAGGGGGGCCGUCUCAUCCCCCUUUGUCGGCCCACAUUGUGACGUAGGUCUCUGAUAACUCGAGGGUUAUAAAGAGUUGAUACUGUUGCUGCUGUUCAAUGACGAUACCCUUUUAUCAGACCAGCCUUAGUUUUGAUGUCGGAAGAUGUAUGUGCCCUUUUUGCAUCGCCUCGCUGGCUGGCCAGGGAGAUAAGCGUGUAGUGCUCUUUUGUCAGACUGUUAUUAGAUUUGGGACUGAAAUCCAAGGUCAGCCAAACCCUUUCUUCAUGAACACUUUGUAGACUUGUACUGUUUAUGUACAUUUUGAAAGGGGAACAGACUUUUUUCGUAUUUUGAUGCUCAUGAACAUGUCUAAUACUUUCAGUCUAUCUCAUUUAUUUUUUUAUGUUGUAUGGUGUUAAUUUACGGUGCCAUAGCCUCCAAUGAAGAAGUGUUUUUCAUUACAAUCUAUUUACGUAUAUGUAUAUUUGUAUGUAUGCUAGCAGCCAUAGUAUGUAAGAUGUAUUAUUGUAUAGUUUCUAGGAUACCCGUAUGGUGUGUUUGUGAAUCUUUGACAUCUGUGAUGUGAAUGAGUGAAAACUGUGCUUUGAUAAUUAUUUAUACUGAAGAGAGGGAAUGUUGGGAAAUUUAGGCAACCAGAGUUCUGUAUUAUAUCCAAAAAAUGUCUUUUUAACUGUUUUUUUUUUUUAAAUAUACAUCUUAGCAAGCAUUUUUGUAGAAAAGCUUGGACAUGUAGCCUUCUAGUAAAACUCACCGAAUUUUGUGUGACAUUAACUUGUUGCCAAUGAUUACCCCCCGCCUCACUGUAAUGUGACUGAUUGUUGUUGUUCUUUCAGACCAGAACAAAUUGAUUGGUAUUGCAAAUGUAUUUUCUCUUUUCGUAUCGUAGCAGGGGCCUAGCUCUCCAAUCACACUUGUGUCCUUCAGUGAAAUGCUUUGUGAACAAAAGGCCAGUGACAUAUUGCAAUGUGAUGCCAAGGCAUUGUUAAGUGGUAUGGCAUACAUGUGCUUGUGUCCUGUUUGAUUUGAGGCGAACCAUCAUUGAUGUCUUGGUGGUUUUUUAAUGGUUGUCCAAGCGCAAUCAUACAUGCAUGUUUGUUAGGGGUUUCUCUCCAGACAUCUGCAAGUGACACGAGUGUUGAAAGUCGCAGUGUUCUGAUGUUGUUUCGCUGCAUUUGCUUGCACUGUUCUGAGCCAGCGGAUGGAGACGACUACAUCAAUCAAAUGUCCUGGAGUUCCCAGAGGAUUGUUUGGCUACCUCUGGUGCAUGCACAACACACAACACCACCACUGCCUCAAGGCAAACUGGUUCCCAUUGGGUAAAAAAAGUUAAGAUGCAAUGACAGACAUUUGGACAGCAAAUUAGCAACAACAAAAAAGAAUCAUUUUGACUUGAAGGAUAGGACUGCAUUGGACUCCAUUUUGAGGCUUAAUCAAGACCGCUCUCCAGAUACUUGGCAGCAGAAUGAUGGUAGAAAUAAUCUGUACAUAUAUUUAAAGGAAAUAAUAAAUUUCUACUGAUUUCUUUUGUCAAA